UCCUCUUUCUCUAUCGUACACACCACGAAGAGCCAGAGGGACUAUUGAAUUGUAGAGAGAGAAGAAACGGAGAGAGAGAGAGAGAGAGAGACCGGGAGCCAUAUUUCCUUGCCUAUUCACUCCGACAAAAUCUGAAAAAAUUAGGGUUUCAUACUAGACGAUAGUCCGAUUGUUUUCUGCCUAUGCGUAUUGCAUAGUAUCAUCUAGGGUUUUUGCGUUCAAAGGCAACUGUUGUGAGAUAAAGGCCAAACUAGGGUUUCGUGGUCGACGGUAGUUCGAUUGUUUCGUAUCCAUGCGUGUUGCAUAGUAUGAUCUAGGGUUUCUGCGAUUGAUGCAAGUGCUGUGAGAUAUAGGGGAACUAGGGUUUUGUUAGGUUUUCUAAUGGGGAGCACUGGUGAACCAGACCGGAAACGGCGUCACUUAAGCUCCAUCUCACCCACCGCGACUAGUGCCAAGAAACAGCCCUUAUUGCCCUUGUCUGAAGAUAAAAAGCUCGACACUGCAGUGCUUCAAUAUCAAAAUCAAAAGCUUGUUCAGAAGUUAGAGGCUCAAAAAGUUGAACAUACUGCACUUGAAAACAAGUUUUGUCAACUGAAGGAGAAACAACAGCCAUAUGAUGAGACCUUAGAGGCAGUUAAUGAGGCAUGGGAACAGAUGGUAAAUGGCUUAGAAUCAUGCUCCAUUUGCACGAAAGACUCGAUGAGCAGUGAAAGAGAUGCUAACACACGAUUUAUCACAGAAGAUGGGUCUGUAUGUUCCCUCAAGGAUGCUUUUUUGAGCCGACUGCUAGAAACAGGUGCAACUGAAAGCAGCUCUGCUAUUAAUUCCCUGAACCAUGAAGAAGAAUUUGCACAAACAGCUGCCGAUCAGUCCAAGAGCAUAGUAUGCAAUAUAGUGGCUGCCAUUGAUGAUCUGUGGUACUUGAAGGAUGGACUGCAGGCUACAAUUUUGAAGGCACUUCUUGAAGAUGGUUCAUGCAGGCAAAAGGUAUCCACCGAGUUACAGACAAAAGUCAGGAAUCUGAGGGUGGCAUUGGGGGAUCUUCAUUUGAAGCACAAAUCAUUAGCAACGGAACUGCAAUGCCAUCAAGAUACUGAUGCGAAGAAUAAAGCUGAGCUUCGGCGUUUACGGGUGGAACUUGAGAGUACUGUUGCCGAAUUAGAAGAAAGUAAUUGCAAAUUGGCAACUCUAAAAACAGAGAGUGAUGCAGCGAAGGGGGCAUUCUUCCCUGUCCUGAACUUUGCUAAUAAGCCUGUUGCUUCUGAUAGGACCAAAGAUAAACAAAAAGAGUUGCAAGAUAUGGAGUCCACUCUGAAGGAGUUACUGGAUCAAGCCUCUUGUCAACUUCUCGAACUCAAGCGUCUCCAUGAGGAUAGGAUAGGAAUAUUGAAGCAGCUAUCUGACAUGCAGAAUACUCUGAAAAAUGUGAACGCUAUUUCCUCAUCCCCUGCUUAUGUCUUGGCAAGAGACCAGCUUGCAAAAUCAAAAGCAGACCUAGUUCAUUAUCAUGCUCUAUUCGAGAAACUACAGGUUGAGAAAGAUAACCUUGCCUGGCGGGAAAGGGAAAUGGACAUGAAAAAUGAUUUGCUAGAUGUAUUUCAUCGUAAUUCAGUGCUUACUGAUUCUAGAAUAACUGGGCUGAGAACGGAGAUACAGAAACAAAUCAGUGUAAAAAAUAUGAUUGAGACUAGACUAGAAGAAGCAUCUAGGGAACCAGGUAGGAAAGAAAUCAUUGCAGAGUUCAAGGCCUUGGUUUCAUCAUUUCCCGAAGACAUGGGCAGUAUGCAGAGUCAGCUAAGUACGUAUAAAGAGGCUGCUUCGGACAUUCAUUCCCUGAGGGCUGAUGUCCAAUCUCUAAAAACUGUUCUUCAUAGGAAGGCUAAAGAGUUGGAAACAUUAUCUGCUAGAUCAGUUGAUCAAGUUGCUGAACUGGGGAAGUUGCAAACUGUGGUCUGUGAUUUGGAGGAGAGUGAUAUGGAGUUGAAGCUCAUUUUGGAGAUGUAUAGACGUGAAUCCACUGAUUCAAGGGAUGUCCUAGAAGCUAGGGAUUCUGAGUACAAGGCUUGGGCUUAUGUUCAGAGCUUGAAGUCCUCGCUUGAUGAGCACAGUCUUGAAUUGCGUGUCAAAACAUCUAUUGAAGCUGAGGCCAUCUCUCAGCAAAGGCUUGCUGCAGCAGAAGCUGAGAUUGCUGACUUGAGACAGAGGUUGGAAGCUUCUAAAAGGGAGAAGUCCAGUUUCUCAGUCACACUGACAUCAAAAAAUGAGGAAAAUGAAUCCUACCUAUCUGAAAUAGAGACUAUUGGUCAGGCAUAUGAUGAUAUGCAAACUCAAAACCAACAACUCAUGCAGCAAAUCACAGAGAGAGAUGAUUAUAACAUCAAGCUUGUUCUAGAAGGUGUGCAGGCAAGACAGCUUCGGGAUGCUCUACUCGCGGAUAAAAAAACGAUGGAGAAGGCACUUCAACAAGCCAAGGAGUCUGUUGAUUUUUAUGACAUGAAAGCUGCUAGAAUUGAAGAUCAGUUCAAAAUGUGCUCGGAUCAAGUUCAGAAGCUUUCAGAAGAUAGGUUGCAGAGCUUAGCCACUUUAGGAAAUAGCGAAAAGAAAUUGUUGGAUGUGAGGAAAUCAUCUCAGCAACUGAAAGAGUCACUGGAUAGGUCACAGUCCAAGGUCGAAAAAGGCCGAGUUACUCUUGCUGAGCUGCAGAUAGGGCUGGAGAACGAGAGGUUUGACAAGAAAAGAUUAGAAGAGGAAUUAGAAGUUGCAAGGAGAAAGGUUUCUCAUCUUAGGACACAGAUGGAAGGUUCAAUGGUUGGAAAGCUUCAGCAGGAGCUCAGAGAAUACAGGGAAAUUUUGAAGUGCAGUAUUUGCCUUGACAGGCCAAAAGAGGUUGUUCUCACAAAAUGCUACCACCUGUUUUGCAAUGCUUGCGUUCAAAGAAUUUUAGGAAUGCGCCAUCGCAAGUGCCCAGUUUGUGCUGCAAGUUUUGGGGCUAAUGAUGUCAAACCUGUUUACAUCUGACCAGAAACUGUGAUCUCUACUGCAUUUUGGGUAGACUCAUACCAGUGGGGGGCCCUAUGAUCCGGAACCAGGGGUUUAAGUCUCCAAAGGUUCGCAUGUGUUGUUACAUUAGGGAUCAUUGAGAAACGACAGGAAACUGGGAAAUUCCUGUCACUUUCGCAUUCCACCUGUUCAAAUUGAGUGGAUGUUGGAGGUUGAUUUUAUGUAGUUUUUCGUGUUGAGUUUAUUUAUGUAGUUCAGGUUUUCCUGUGCAACUGGAUUAGUGGAUUCUUUUAUUAUUUGUAGAUUUUUCUUAAAUCCAUCCAGUGGUCAUCAUGGAGGUACCUUGAUCAUUUUGAUGAAUAAAGAAUAUGCUUAGCGACAAGGUGUCGCUGUACAUCCAACUAAGAGUUGCCUCUAGAGGUCGAAUGUGAGGGAUUUGAGUUCUCAUAUAAAAUGAAAUGGGUUCCCAAGUAUUUUCUGUAAUAGAGUAUGGGACAUGGUAUCUUCUUGUUUUAAAUAGGAUAUUCCAAAGCAGUUGUUAGGUCAAACUGAGAAUUGGUAUGUAUAUAUAUGCCUUUAAAUGGGAAUUUUCACUUUUCAACCUGAA